AUGAUUGACCAAAACGUUGAUGGGCUCACCUACUUCUUCGGGCCGCCUAAACUUUUUGGAUCCGACUCUUGGGAGGGUUACCGUUAUCUUGAGAGUUUCAAAAUUAGUAGCAUCUGCCCAAUAAAUAAAGGAAAAUUAAACUCCGUUACAAGAAAUCUAUCAAUUCCCCCCAACACCGUCCCUAGCCUUAUUCAUCUCCAAGAAUUCAUCUUCAUCACCUCCUCAAACACCCCAUCUUCAGCGGCCCAUUCUCCAGCCCGCAACGUUGAGAGACUCAUCCAACGUCCGAGCACCUCAUCCCCCGUCCGAACACCGUCUGGGAAGUUCCACCUCCGCCCUUCACUCUUCACGACCUCCGAAUUUGAAAACAGGUUUUUGAGGCCCCCAGCAGCUGCUGGAGAAGCUUUGCGAUAUGGGUUGGGUUGUGCUUUGGAUAACUUAACAGGGGUUGGGAUUAUCGAUGGUGAUGGGGGCGAGCAGAAGAAGAAAUCGAGGUUACUUUCUAUGCUCGAUGAGGUUUACAAGAGGUACAAGCAAUAUUACCAACAAAUGCAGGCAGCAAUUGCUGCAUUCGAGUCAGUUGCCGGUUUAAGCAAUGCAGCACCUUUUGCUAUCCUAGCCUUAAAGUCAAUGUCCAAACACUUCAGAUGUCUAAAAACUGCCAUAACAGAUCAACUGCAGUUCGCGUCAAAAUCUCACGGGAAAACAAAUUCCGAAAGAAAUGAAACUCAGAGGCUCGAAAGUUCCGGAAAGGUCUCUUACAGCCAGCAGAGGCCGUUUGGUUCCGGAUUUAUGGACCCGUCAAUCUGGGCCUUCACCAAAAUGGGCCGGGCAACAGAUUAUGCAUGAUUUUGUUGGCUGAAAUAAUAUAUUUUCUAUUUAACGUGGGUUUUUAUUUUAUGUAUACUUAAGGGGGAAGCUUGGAUUGGAUAUUGGUACAAGAGUGAAUUGUAAUUUUUAUGUAUAUUUUGUUAGGUGAAGGAAAAUGAUAUUUCUUGGCGCUUUUAGAUUUAAUGUUUUAAGAGCAUUUAUGUUUAAGAGAUGAAAUAAUAUUAAUAAUAGUAAUAAUAACUCUUCAUAAAUCUGAAUUGAACUUCUU